AUGGGCUUGGGUGAAACGAUUGUGCGAGGCAACAAUGCUACCAAUCAGAGCCGAGUGAAGGCAAUGAUAUUCCUCCGACAUCAUAUCGAUGAAGGAUUGAAAAUGGAAUAUCUCACAGUCAAGAAUCCUCUUGACUUGUGGAAUAAAUUGAAAGAAAGAUACGAUCACCUGAAGUUGAUCGUACUGCCGAAAGCAUGCAGCGAUUGGCAUAAUUUGAGGCCAACAGGUUCCAGCCCAUUCCCUGAAGCGAAUGCGGUACAGUCUGCUAAUCAAGGCUGCAGAAACAACAAAGGCCGGAGAGAUGGCAGAGACCAAAGACGCGACCGUCCCCAGCCUCAUCGAAAUAAUGGCAAAAGACCAUAUAAGCCCCUGAAGUGGCAGAAUGACGAGCAAAAAAGAAAUUAUGAAGAUAAGUGUCAUAGGUACGGCACAAAGGGACACUGGUUGCGAGUCUGCAGAACGCCUAAGCAUUUUGCUGAUUUGUACCAAGCUUCGCUGAAAGGGAAAAAUACGUCUGCUGAUAUAAAUCUCUCUGAGCAGAAUAAUGAUGACUCAUAUGAUGAUGUCUUGAAGAACACAUCUGCUAAUGUAAACCUCGCUGAAUAG